AUGAAAAAUGACAGUGCCAUUAUUGAAUUUGUCCUCCUGGGAAUGUCUAGUGACCCCCAGAUUCAAGUUGUGCUCUUCAUAUUGUUCCUGGUGAUUUACCUCCUGACCUUGAUAGGGAACCUGGUGAUGAUCCUUGUGAUCAAGGCUGAUUCCCACCUUCACACACCAAUGUACUUCUUCCUUGGACAUUUGUCCUUCCUGGACAUGUGCUUCUCCUCAGUCACUGUGCCCAAGAUGCUACAGAACUUCUUGUCUCAGAAAAAGAAUAUCUCAGUGUGGGGCUGCAUCACCCAGAGUUUCUUUUUCACUCUCUCUGGAGGAACUGAAGCCUGUCUGCUCUCUGCUAUGGCCUAUGACCGCUAUGCUGCCAUCUGCCACCCUCUGGUCUAUACUGUGGUCAUGAACAGACCCAUCUGCAUUUUAAUUGUGAGCAUAGCAUGGGCAGUAGGAUGUCUAAUAUCCUUGAUAAACAGUCUCUUCAUCCACAAUUUACAUUUUUGUGGAUCUAAUAUUAUUCCUCACUUCAGCUGUGAGCUGCCUCCACUCUUCCCACUAUCGUGCAAUGAUCCUACUGCCAAUGAGAUUCUUCUAGCUGUAUCAUGUGCAUUUAUGGGACUGUUAACACUUCCCCUGAUUCUCUUUUCUUACUCCAGAAUAAUCUCUGCCAUAUUAAGAAUUGGCUCCUCUAAGGGUCAAGGCAAAGCCUUUUCUACCUGUUCCUCCCACCUCACUGUUGUACUCUUGUUCUAUGGGACAACUUUUUUCAGGUACCUAAGCCCUACUUCAGGCUCCAUAUUGGAGCAGGUGGUUUCCAUUCAGUACAGUGUGAUCACCUCCUUGCUGAACCCAGUCAUCUACAGCCUCAAGAAUCAGGAGGUGAAGGCAGCGCUACAGAGGAUGAUAAGGCAACAAAAGUGUACGUGUGGGUUAGAAAAAGCUGUGUGA